AUGUCUACCUCGUCUACCAUGGCACCAGGGGUUCUUUCACGCUCUCCUUCUCCGGAGCCACCCCUCAGUGUCAAGCUUCCGAGACCAAAAGCCCAGAAGUUAGUCGCUGAAAUCGUCAAGUUUGUUCCAUCAACGGUUAACUAUACUGAGUUAACGUACGAAGAAGUUGAGCCUGAGGACGGUUUGCUCGUCGCUAGGACACUGGCAGAACAUCCAGAAAUCGAGAGAAGAACAUCUAGAGUCAGCUACAAUUCUUUGGAGAAGACCCUCUGGGUUCGUGCGAUGCCGACAUAUCUUCACGACGCUCAUCAACAGUGGGUUAUGUCUGCCAUGUUGGAUUGGGCUUAUAACGGCUCGGUGAAGAAAGGAGAGCAUCUCAGGAUUACCUUCGGUGUGGGAACUACAUUUGAAAUAUUUAUCGGUGCUUACGCAUCUUCGUCGAAAGAGCCAGAUUUAUACCUUUCCGCCCGUCCCGAUAGAAUACCAUCAGUUGUGAUUGAAUCAGGAUGGACCGAAAGUUUUCCAUGUCUCCGAAUCGACAAAGACUUGUGGUUACGCGGCACACUUGAAGUACAAUAUGUCAUACUUUUAAAGUGGAGCAAGGUGCGUAAUGAUAAGGUCAAAGGAUGGAUUGAAGUCUGGGGACGUGGAAACACAGGUAGCCUCCUUAUUCGUGAGCUGGUCGUAUUUCCGAAACCUGAUCCUCGACCUAUCGAAGACUCUAUCCGCUUUACAAAACAACAGUUGUUUGGUGAAAUCCCUGUGUCAAACCCAUCCACCGUGCUUCCCCUUGAGGUUCCAAGGCUACGAGAAAUUGCUGAAAAAAUUCUGGUGAACUUGAUGGGGCUCAGCCCAUGUUAG